UUCAUAAUUUUAAUAAUUGAAACACUUUACUAAAAAAGUAGAAAAAGAAAGAAGGAUGUCGCAACGCGUACCCCACCAAUGACUAGACGUGGCAUUAGCCUUGUCAACUCCUUUCUAUGACCGCCAUUUUCCGUGUAUUACCUUUACCGGUUUUCCAGUAUUCUAUUUAAAUAUGGGUAAUAUCUUUGCUAACCUAUUCAAAGGCCUUUUUGGCAAGAAGGAAAUGAGAAUAUUGAUGGUUGGUCUUGAUGCUGCUGGUAAAACAACCAUACUGUAUAAAUUAAAAUUGGGAGAAAUAGUGACUACAAUUCCUACAAUAGGUUUUAAUGUAGAAACAGUGGAAUAUAAAAACAUAAGCUUCACCGUAUGGGAUGUUGGUGGUCAAGACAAAAUUAGACCUCUAUGGCGACAUUACUUCCAAAACACUCAAGGGUUGAUUUUUGUGGUGGACAGUAAUGAUAGAGAACGUAUUGGAGAAGCUAGGGAGGAAUUAAUGAGAAUGCUAGCUGAAGAUGAACUAAGAGAUGCCGUACUUCUUAUAUUUGCUAAUAAACAGGAUUUACCUAACGCCAUGAAUGCUGCUGAAAUAACUGAUAAACUUGGUCUUCAUUCCCUACGAAACCGCAACUGGUACAUUCAAGCUACAUGUGCAACCAGUGGUAUGGCUUAUAUGAAGGCUUGGACUGGCUUUCAAACCAGUUAAAAAACCAAAAGUAACCACUGAUCUUCAAGAACAAUUUCAUUAAGUGGACAAUUGUAAAACCUUGAUUGCAUGGAUGAAACUUGGUUUCAACCAUGAAGAAAGUAUUUUGUAGGAAAAACUGGAUCUUUUUCCCUGAAUGCUCUUUGCUUCUCAUUCAUGAGCCUACAACUGAUGCAUUCAGUACCAUGAUAUUAUUUUUUCUUUUUUUACUUUUCAUUCAGUUACAGGCUCAUGUAUUAGAGUUGCAGUUCAACAGUUUAUUGCAAAAAUACAAAAAAAUUGGGUAUAAAAAAUAAAAGAAUUUGCAAUUGUUUGUAAAUAAAUGAGUAUUAAAAACUUAUUUUGCUUUUGUGUUAGGGCCCAAAAUGAUCAUCCAUUUAACAUUGUAACUGAGAUGUCUUUAUUAUACUGUGUUUGUUUAGCUUUUAAGAUAAUUUAUGACUUAUAAAGAAUAAAAAGUUUGCUCAUACCUCUUCUGUUUUUGGUAACUUUUUCGAGUAAUGAAAGAGCUGGCACUCAUUUCAUCGCGGCCCUGUUUUACCCAACAAAUUUUUUUCUCUCUCAUCUAAACUAGAACAAUUGCAUAACACUUAUUACAUUAAUAACAUGUGCAUUAUUUACUCAAAAUCAUUCUGAUAAUGUGCAAUAUUGAAGUUAAGUACCAACAAAAUUAUUACUGUUUUAACUGAGUACCAUUUUAAAGUGAUCUUAGUGAUUAGAUAUGAGCUUCUGUUUAAAUUUCUGGUGGUGGAAUUUUAUUGUAAUUUUACUUUAUUAUAUAGGUUGCCAAAAACAAUUUUAAUAAAAAAGCUAAUAUAGAGAUAAAUGGUUGGGAUACAUUAGCCUUAUUUUUUGAUCCAAAUAAAUCUUAGGAAAGCAAUUAUUUAUUCUGUUUUUUUUUACACAUAUAUUGUUUGUGUUUCACCUUUAUUUAUCGCAACAUCCUUUCAAUAAUUGUUUCUUUUUAAUUUUGUGUAUUUCGAUUUAAAACAAUUGUAUAUUUUGAAUUACAUGUAAAAUUUCUGCAGCAUUCAAGCACAUUUUGAAGUUAUAUAAAUAAAUUGAUAUGAAUUAA